UUAUUGAUAUUGCAGAGGAGGAGAGAGAAUCGUGUCACACCACCUACCUUUCACUUCGUUCCUCCGAACCCCCGCCACCUCUUGUUUGGAGUCCUGAAUUCUCUCUCUCUCUCUCUCUCUCUCUCCAAAUUCUUGAAAUUUCAAUGGAAGCGAACGUUUAUUCACUUUGCAACAGGUCUCCACGUUUGGGGCUUCCUACUCCAUUUCUUGAUUCCAGAGCUGUAAAUCGAGUAGAGAGUCUCAAACCUGCUCAAUCUUUCAAGCAACGAUGGUUUAGGACUCCGAAGAAGCUACGGUGUCGAUCAAAUGCACCAGCCUCCGCUGUUUCUCAGUCUGAAUCUCUUGGUUCAUCGACGGUCGAAAAGACGGAGUCUGUCACUCCCGUUUAUGUGCCUACGCCUCCCAAUCGCGAUCUCCGGACUCCGCACAGCGGGUAUCAUUUUGAUGGAAGUACCCGGAAAUUUUUUGAGGGUUGGUACUUCAAGGUGUCAAUACCAGAACGGAGGCAGAGCUUCUGCUUUAUGUAUUCUGUGGAGAAUCCAGCAUUCCGUAAAAAAUUGACAAGAUUGGAAGAGGCACAGCAUGGACCUCGAUUUACAGGAGUUGGGGCUCAAAUACUUGGUGCAUAUGACAAGUAUAUUUGUCAAUACACUGAAGAAUCUUGUAACUUCUGGGGAAGUAGGCAUGAGCUGACACUGGGAAAUACUUUUAUAGCUCAAAAUGGCAAGAAGCCUCCAAAUAAGGAGGUUCCACCUAAGGAGUUUAAUCAAAGGGUGAUGGAAGGUUUCCAAGUUACCCCACUUUGGCAUCAAGGUUUCAUUCGUGAUGAUGGGAGGACAGAUUAUGUGGAUAUUGUAAAAACUGCACGCUGGGAGUACAGUACCCGCCCUCUUUAUGGAUGGGGCAAUGUUGCGUCUAAACAGAAGUCCACAGCUGGCUGGCUUGCUGCCUUUCCUGUAUUUGAACCUCAUUGGCAAAUAUGCAUGGCUGGAGGACUUUCAACAGGUUGGAUAGAGUGGGGUGGUGAAAGGUUUGAGUUCCAAAAUGCCCCUUCAUAUUCAGAAAAAAAUUGGGGUGGAGCCUUCCCAAGAAAGUGGUUUUGGGUUCAAUGUAAUGUCUUUGAAGGUGCAAGUGGAGAGGUUGCUUUGACUGCAGGAGGUGGAUUGAGGCAACUUCCUGGAGUUACAGAGACAUUUGAAAAUGCUGCAAUGAUUGGCAUUCACUAUGAAGGAAUUUUCUAUGAAUUUGUGCCAUGGAAUGGAGUUGUUGAUUUUGAAAUUGCUCCAUGGGGUCACUGGUGUGUGUCUGCAGAGAAUGAAACACAUAAGGUAGAACUGGAGGCAACAACUAAGGAUCCAGGUACAACUUUGCGAGCUCCCACCUCAGAAGCUGGCCUUGCUCCAGCUUGCAAAGAUACUUGUUUUGGUGACUUAAGACUGAAAUUGUGGGAACGGACAUACAAUGGCAGUGAGGGAAAGAUUAUAUUGGAUGUUACAAGUAACAUGGCAGCAGUAGAAGUUGGAGGUGGACCAUGGUUCAACACCUGGAAAAGCAAGACAUCAACACCAGAAAUAGUUAGCCGUGUUGUGGGUAUUCCACUGGAUGUAGAACGAAUAUUUGGGUUGGUUCCGCUACUUAAACCCCCCGGUCUAUGACCAAAAGCAUUCUGAUGGUUUGAAUAGUAGAAGAGGGAGCAUGACAUAAGUGCCCUACUGCAGCAACGCGGUCGGUCAUAGAUGUUAAUGCUGACAAUGCCUUAUAAUGCAAUUUAUAUGCAAUUUAAAUCUUAUGUUGAAAUGUUUAUGCUGACAAUACCUUAUAAUGCAAUUUAAAUCUUAUGUUGGAACGACCUGCUCGGUUAGGAACUGGUGUCCAUUACACUUCUGAGUUGUAACUGAUGUUUGUUGAGCAGAGUUCUAGCACAAGCUGAAUUUGUAUAUAAGAAAGAAAGAAAAAAUUUAUGUUCUAUACAAUUUUACUGUCUCUCAUUUGCUUGGUGGACUUUCUAUA